GGCACCCUUCUUUCACCAGCAUUACAGAGUCUCACCGGUUGCUGACCGCCGCAACCUCAAAGAUGGCCCUGACCAUGCGUUCCUCUAGCCUUGUUAAGGCCAGCCGCGGCCGCCUGACUGUGUGCGCGGCUACCCCCGUGCCCAAGCAGUUCAAGGCCGUGAAGCCCGUUGGCGAUCGCGUGCUUGUCAAGGUUGACAAGGAGGAGGCGAAGAGCGUUGGCGGUGUGCUGCUGCCGGCGUCCGUGCGCAACAAGCCCACGGCUGGCUCGAUUAUUGCUCUGGGCGAUGCCAAGAGUGUCAAGCUGUCCGACAAGGUGAUCUACUCCAAGUUCGCCGGCACCGAGCUGGAGCUGGGCGGCGCCGAGCACGUGCUGCUCAAGGAGGAGGACGUGAUUGGUGUGCUGUCCGCCAGCGAGAAGAUUGCGCAGCUCAAGCCCCUGUCCGACCGCAUCCUCAUCAAGGGCGCCAAGGCCGAGGACAAGACCUCGGGCGGUGUGCUGCUGGCGACUGAGUCGGCGGAGAAGCCCACCUUCGGCACCGUGGUGGCUGUGGGCGAGGGCCGCGAGGACGAGGAGACCAAGGCGCUGGUCAAGCCCAACGUGACCGUGGGCGCCACCGUCAUGUACUCCAAGUACUCGGGGACAGAGUUCGAGGAGGACGGCGACAACUACAUUGUGGUGCGCGAGAGCGACAUCCUGGCCCAGCUCUCGUAAACAACCACACAGCAGGGAGCAGAGCGGUAGAGUGCGGGUGAUAAGGAGGACAGGGCGCGGCGCAGUCUUUGAGCUGACCCGUGGCGAGUCGGCCGUAGGAACGUGCGGGUAGCUGUGACGGGAAGAGGAGGAGGAUGAGCUGGUGGAGCUUGUGAGGCUGGUGAGUGGGUCACGGCGGGAGCCGUGCGCGGCGGCGCAGGCGCUACUGUGACAACAGGAGUCGACGGGGAGGAGGCUGGCUCAGGAGUGGGCCGGCCGUGCGAGCCUGUCGCAAGGAGGCGUUUGAGGGGGCGGGAUAGGGCUCGGGAGACCAUAGGGUUAGGCGACACUUGCAGUACGACAGUGACGGACGUUGUGGUGGGGGAGGUCGCGGGGAGCUGGCGGGUGCUGCGGGCGGCCUCCGGGGCCUGGGGCAGCGGGGCGUAGGCAGGCCGCGCCCCGAGUGCCCGCGCGGAGGUGUGGUGUGUGUGAAGUGGCGGGGCGUCUGUGUGGGCUUGAGGCUGUGGCGCACUGCGGGCGAUUUUGCUGCCAUCCAGUCGGCAGGUGCCCGGACGAAGGCUGAGCAGGCGGCCUUGCUUGGUGACCGCGCGGACAUCUGUGUGUAACGGAACACGUGC